AUGCCUCGAAUCACCCCUCAAGUCCAAUCCAUUAUUUCAAACCAAGUGACAACUCGAGAUGAUCUUAUCCGCCUUCUCUCCGACCUGCUACACCCCCUAGUGGAAGCCCAAUCCGAGGGUGGUGCGAGGGUAACAUUGGGUCAUACAGGGACUCAUUUCGAUUCAGUCGCAGCAGAGAUGGAAGGGUAUGCCAGGUCAUUGUGGGGACUAGCACCGUUGAUGGCGUCUGAUCCUAAUCAUCCGUUGUUGAAAGACUUGGGUAAGAAAUGGAGAGAGGGCUUAGAAGCUGGUACGGACCCUUCGAGAGAGGAUGAGUAUUGGGGUGACCAAACGGAUAUGGAUCAAAGAUUCGUUGAGAUGGCUGCGAUCGGCAUCUCACUGGCUAUAGCUCCCGAUACAUUCUGGAACCCAUUGUCCCCAGAAGCGAAGAAAAGGGUCAAUGCCUGGUUACUUAGGUGCAAUGGUAGAGGUUUUCCUACAAAUAAUUGGCGAUUUUUCAGAGUAUUGGUCAACCUAGGACUUAAAUCCGUUGAUGCGGAAUACGAUCAGAAAUCCAUUGAUGAUGAGCUAGAAUUCAUGGAAUCAUUCUACGGUGAACAUGGCUUCCCUUCGGACUGUCCCCAAGACCCCUCAAAUGGGGCAUACGACUACUACGCUACCUCCUUUGCUAUCCCAUUCUAUUCAUUGUUGUACGCAGCUAUCACCUCGAGAUCACCCAAAUUAGCUGAUCCGGAACGAGCAAAGAAAUAUCGUCAGAGGGCCAAAGAGAAUAUACCAAAUGUCAUCAAUCUUUUCGCACCUGAUGGAGCUGGUAUACCCUUUGGUAGAAGUAUGACAUAUAGGUUUGCUAUAAGCUCGUUCUUCGCUGCGGUGGCUUAUGAUGAACUUGAGCUUCCUCAACCGUAUACAUGGGGUAUGAUCAAGGGUAUCAUUCUGAGAAAUAUCAGGUGGUUCACUCAGAAACCUCAGGUGUUCAAUCGAGAUGGAUCGUUGACUAUAGGCUGGACAUACCCUUCUUUGUUCAUGAGUGAGGAUUACAACUCUCCUCAAUCACCCUACUGGGCUUUGAAGUCAUUCUUCAUCCUCGCUUUACCUGAAUCACAUCCAUUCUGGUCAUCGGAGGAAGAACCAUACCACGCCGAGCUAUUGGAGAAACCAUGGACAGCUGUCAAACCUUGGAUGCAGGUAUUCACCCAUUCAGCCGGGCAUACAUACCUUCUCAAUGGUGGAACAAACGUUGCAUUCCCCUUACGUCAAAAGGCAGAGAAAUACAAUAAAUUCGCAUACUCAUCUUCAUUCGGGUUUUCCGUUCCCACUGGUGCACUGAUGUUCGCUCAACAUGCGCCUGAUUCUGUGUUGGCUCUUUCCGACGAUGGGGGGUUGAAAUGGAAGGUCCCAUACAAGGUUGAACAUCUCGGAAUUAGUGCCAGUGGUGUAUUGAAAGCUGGAUGGUUCCCAUGGCCCGAAGUUGAGAUAACCACCUGGCUCGUACCUCCCUCCACGACCUCAACGCCAUAUCACACUCGAGUCCACCAUAUCUCCGUCUCAUCCUCGUUCAAUCGAAAUCUCCGAUUGGCAGAUUCGGGAUUUGCCAUUCACUCGCAUUUCGGUCCGGAAGGAACAGAAAGACGUAUCCCUGUUCUUGAUGAUCCUAAGGAAGGAUCUGCCGGACGAAGCUCCAAUGAAAAAUCAGCAGUGGCAGUAUCUCGAAAGGGAGUAUCUGGAGUGAUCAAUCUUCUCUCUGUUCACGGUGGCAAGGGGAGUGUGGAAGAUGUAGAUGGAAAUACCAACUUGAUCAGUCCAAGAACGGUGCUGCCUACCAUCCUCCAUGAGCACCAGGCGGGAGAGAGGGAGAAAUGGAUCGCAACAAGAGUAUGGGCUUUACCUUUCUCCGAAAGUGAGGGAUUGAAGACCAAGGGAUGGCUGAAAUGGUGGGAAGAUAGUCAAAAAGGAUACGGCAGCGUUGAAGAGCUUAAGAAGGAUCUCGGUAUUGCUUAA